GGGAGGAGAGAACCGGGGCUCGCCGCGAGCCUUCGAGAGCAGCGGUCGCGGAGGCGGCAGCGGCGGCACAGGCUCGGGCCAGCCGCGCGCGCAUCCCUCGGCGCCCCGCGCGGCGGAAAGCUCAGCGGGCCGCGGGAGCCGGCGAUUGGAGUGGACAAAGCAAGAUGGCAGGGAUCUUAGCCUGGUUCUGGAACGAGAGGUUUUGGCUCCCGCACAAUGUCACCUGGGCGGACCUGAAGAACACGGAGGAAGCCACCUUCCCGCAGGCUGAGGACCUCUAUCUCGCCUUCCCCCUGGCCUUCUGCAUCUUCAUGGUGCGGCUCAUCUUCGAAAGAUUUGUAGCCAAACCAUGUGCCAUAGCCCUCAACAUACAGGCCAAUGGACCACAAAUUGCCCAGCCAAAUGCCAUUCUGGAAAAGGUCUUCACUGCAAUUACGAAGCAUCCUGAUGAAAAGAGAUUGGAAGGCCUCUCCAAGCAGCUGGACUGGGAUGUUCGCAGCAUUCAACGCUGGUUUCGACAAAGAUGCAACCAGGAGAAGCCAAGCACGCUGAGGAAGUUCUGUGAAAGCAUGUGGAGAUUUUCAUUUUCCCUUUAUGUAUUUACCUAUGGAGUCCGGUUCCUAAAAAAGACGCCCUGGCUGUGGAAUACAAGGCACUGCUGGUACAACUACCCCUAUCAGCCACUCACAACUGACCUUCACUACUAUUAUAUCCUGGAGCUGUCGUUUUAUUGGUCUUUAAUGUUUUCCCAGUUCACUGAUAUCAAAAGAAAGGACUUUGGCAUUAUGUUCCUGCAUCACCUUGUAGCUAUUUUCUUGAUUUCCUUUUCGUAUGUCAACAAUAUGGCCCGAGUAGGGACCCUGGUCCUCUGUCUUCACGAUUCAGCUGAUGCUCUUCUAGAGGCUGCCAAAAUGGCAAAUUAUGCCAAGUUUCAGAAAAUUUGUGAUCUUCUGUUUGUUAUGUUUGCCAUGGUUUUUAUCACCACACGCCUGGGUAUAUUUCCGCUCUGGGUGUUAAAUACCACAUUAUUUGAAAGCUGGGAGAUCGUUGGACCUUACCCUUCCUGGUGGGUUUUUAAUCUACUGCUGUUGCUAAUACAAGGCUUGAACUGCUUCUGGUCUUACUUAAUCGUAAAAAUAGCUUGCAAAGCUAUUUCAAAAGGCAAGGCUGGGAAGUGGAACCCUUUACAUGUGUCCAAGGACGACCGAAGUGAUAUCGAGUCCAGCUCAGAUGAGGAAGACUCCGAACCUCCAGGGAAGAACCCUCACACAGCGACCACCACCAAUGGGACCAGCGGUACCAACGGGUACCUCCUGACUGGGUCUUGCUCCGUGGAUGAUUAGUUCCUCAAAACUACAAGUCCCGAACAAAGUGAACUGUUUGUUCCUGGAAGUAUUUAAUAAGUUGCAAAUGCAGUUCCUUUCAUUAUAUCUCAGCACCAGAAAAAAAAAAAUUAGGAUUAUCAAAGCAUUUUGAAUAGUGCACUGCCAUAUGUCCUGUCUGUGAAUGAAGAAGAAUUACCAUUCUCUCUACGUAGGCAUGCUGUAUGUAAUUGACACAAGGGAACAGUAUUUGCAUUUGUACUGUCUUAGAAUAUUAUUUAUAUUUCUUUUUUGUUUGUAAAUCUGUGGACAAAAGAGGGUUUCCUCACCCUUUUUACUCUCUGGGUUCAUGACAGUGAGGGAGAUGCUCCAUGUGCUUCUACCCCUUUCUAUUGCUGUAACUCAGUUUGAUAGGAGUCUCAGCUUACCUUGUCACUUAGAGCACGCAAAACCCAGUGCAAGAUUCUCGUACUGCUCCGAAUAGGUUUGCUUUCUUUGUGUUACUGUGCCGGUUUUGAAAUUGCCUAUAUAGCCUACAGUGACCAUUUUCCCUGUGUAAAGUUUAAGCAGGAUGAGCUAGGCUUUUUAAUUGCCACUCUUCAUGGUCGAUUCGCACAGCUCAAAUUAAAGACUAUGGUUUUUUGAGAACUUUAAAAAAUUGUUUUGUAUUAAAUUGCUAUGGAAUAGACAUCGUUUCUUGUGCACAUGGCCAGAUAUCCCCAGUGAGUACGGUAGCCAGCUGGAGAUGAACUUUGUAGGUUACAGAGGUUUGUGUGUUUGUGUAUUUUUGUUGUUGUUGUUUUUAUUCCCUCUUAUGAGGUCAGUGCUCUGGCUCUGAAGGAAGACCUUUGCUUAAGGUCAUAGUUAGAGACAAUGAAAUUGCUCUUACUACUGGGAAUUUGUCAUGCUCUGAGAAUAACAGAAAGAGAAAGCUGAUUUCAACCAGAUUUCAGCACUACCCCUAUAAUUGCCACAAUCUCCUGUCAUGUCAUAAAAAAAAAAAAAAGAAGCUAAGUAUAUUUU